AUGUCGAGUGUGGUUCAUCAGGAUCCAAAAGCCCAGCCAGUGCAGGAGGGUCAAGGUGAAGCUGUGCAAGGCGCCAUCCCUCGUGGUGAUGAUGCCCUCAACGGUGGUGUCAAGACCGGUAAUGAGAAAGAAGACCAUGGUGUCCAAGAUGAAGCCGACUUCGAGGUCCUGUUCAAAGCUGGAGAUACCACCAACCCCAAAGAAUGGUCAUCCUGGCGCCGUGCCUGGGUAUUGUUCUGCAUCGCCUUCUCCUCCUUUAUCGUGUCCCUUUACAGCACUAUCUACACGUCGUCCAUACCGGGAGUCAGCAAAGCCUUCGAUAUUCAUCUCCCCGUCAUCCCGACGCUGGGCAUCACCACCUACCUCAUCGGCACUGGUGCGGGUAGUCUGAUCCAAGCACCGCUCAGCGAGGUGUUUGGUCGCCGCCCGAUUUAUCUCGUGUCCAUGACGGUUUUCACUCUUCUCAUCUUUCCGUGUUCUUUGGCCACAUCAGUAGCUGAGAUAUUGGUUGUACGAUUUUUCGGGUAA